AGAUCUGGCUAAUUUUUCGCAGACAAUCCAGUCUCGUUUAUUUAUUAUUCCCAGUAAUUGCGUUACCGCGUCGAACAGCUCGUUUAACUGAAUACUCGAGAUGGCUGCGAUCGCCAGUUCUCUGAUCCGACAAAAACGCCAGGCGCGGGAAUCCAACAGCGAUCGGGUAUCUGCCUCCAAACGCCGCCCCAGUCCCAGCAAAGACCCCCGCUCUCUCUGCAAGCGACAUUUCCUGGGGGUCUUCAGUAAAGUCCGCUUCUGCAGCGGCAAGAAAAGACCUGUUCGCCGGAGACCAGAUGCACCCUCGAAACCUCCACAGGUGUCCCGUAAGGGCGUCAGGCUAGAGCCGCAGCUGAAAGGCAUUGUGACACGACUGUUCAGCCAGCAGGAUUUUUACCUGCAGAUGCAGCCAGAUGGAACCAUCGAUGGCAUCAAGGAUGAGAACAGCGACUACACUCUUUUCAAUCUCAUCCCUGUCGGCUUAAGGGUGGUGGCCAUUCAGGGAGUUAAAGCAGGUUUCUACAUCGGCAUGAAUGCAGAGGGCUUCCUCUACAGCUCAGAGAUGUUCACACCUGAAUGUAAAUUCAAGGAGUCCGUGUUUGAGAACUACUACGUUAUCUACUCAUCCACCAUGUACCGUCAACAGGAGUCGGGUCGAGCCUGGUUCCUGGGCCUCACCAAGGAGGGUCAGGUCAUGAAAGGCAACCGUGUGAAGAAAACCAAACCCUCUUCACACUUUGUACCAAGACCCAUUGAAGUUUGCAUGUACAGAGAGCCUUCACUGCAUGAGAUUGAAGAGAAGCAACGCUCCAGGAAAAGCUCAGGAACCCCAACAAUGAACAGAGGCAAAGUGGUCAACCAGGACUCCACAUAGCAGGGCCCAAACGCAGGAGGCUACUGCAAAAGAGUAACCCCUUCCUCUUGCCCUCACACCUCCAACCACGGGAAUAGUACAAUAUGCUACAAUAAGAUGACAAACUGAACUCUUGCCGGAGAAAACUUUUAGAAGAACACAGGGGGGAAAGAGAAAUAAGAGAAAUAAAUGUUACCGUUCCAACCAGGAGCUGAACUCACAUUUUAUGCAAAAAAUAGUUC